AUGGGUAAUAGUGCUCCAUCAUUUUUAUUUUCAUAUAAAUUGAACUUUACUCGUGAAACACCAAAUGAUUUUUAUUUGAGCGGUGAACGAGUUCAAGGUAUUGUUCAAAUUACUACAAAUUAUAAUGACAAUGAUUUGACACACAAAUAUGGUCCAUUGUACGUUGAACUUAUUGGUGAAUUACAUGAUUUCAAAACAAAUACUCAUCAACAUUACACAAAAGGUGUUCAUGUAUUCUUUCGAAGACGAGCACAAGUGAUAAAGUUACCAAAUGACAAUCAAAAAUUGGAAAUCAAUCGUCUUCAAAGUUAUAGAUGGGCAUUCGAUGGUUCAUUAGAUUCUUUCCUUCCUUCAUCAUUACCACCUGAUGAUGAGUGUGAUCCAUGCAUUUGUUAUUAUGCUCUUGUUCAUCUUCGUCAUGCUGAUUAUACGGAUUUUGCUCGAAAAUUUUCUUUUCUCGUCUUUACACGAACACCAAAGCCGGUUGUCACUCGACAAUUGCUACAGAAUAAUAUCAUUGACACAAGUGUACAACAUAAAGGUGUAAAAUUAUACGGUGCUCUUUCAAAUAAUGGACUUGUUGUACCCGGUCAAACUCUCAGUUUACAAAUUGAAAUUAACAAUCCAAUGAAAGUAACAAUCAAAUUGAUUCGAGCAACACUCAAACAAUAUCGAAUUAUAACAGAUCAAGAAACUGAUUUUAUUAUUUUUUCUUUUAUUUUACCAGGAUUUAAAUCAAAAGGAUUCAAUAGUGAAUAUCGUCAAAGUACAUAUGAAUUACCAAUACCAAUGGAAAAAUGUCGACUUAUGGCGCCAACAUCAUCUUAUAAAAGUGUUCGAUAUGAACUUCAUAUUCAAUGUCAUUUAUAUUGUUCAUUUAAUAAUCAUUUUACAUUAACAUUACCGAUUAUGUGUACUACUGAUCAUCAACAACCAUUAAAAAUUAUGGACGAAUUGAAAUCUGUACCUGAAAUUCUUCGGCGUCUAUCGAAUAAAAAAGAAGAAAAAUCACCACCGAGUUAUGAAGAUUUCAUGGCCAGUGAGAUUUUACCCAAAUAUGAAGAUAUUAUUCAUUAA